AUUAUGUUUUUCAAUUCCCUGACUUUUAAGCAAGCAAACCAAGAAAACACGAAAGUAGAAGAUCUCGCAAAYAUUACCAGUCCAACUGAUAUGUCAUCAGAAUCUGCCGGACCACAUGCAGAGAUCUGGCAACAAGCCGCGUGUGCCUGGGACCGACAACAACCUCGCUAUAAUAAUUUUCAUGCCUAUGAGACACAACGAAAGAAUGAAMAACCUCAAGACGGUGAACGUUCGACUACAGAAAAACUCGACUCAGCCGUCACGAAUUAUCUUCGGUGGACUUGCUACAAAGAUCCACUUACAGGACGAGAAGUUCAAUUCACCAAACCAAUGGUCGGCUAUGGUGGAUUUGUACCUAGCUAUCCAGUCCUACCCAGGCCCCAGGAACGCUGCUCGAAUCCCGGCCUAAUAAGUAUAUCAAGAACGACAUACAAGUUAUACCCGUCGUAUGAAUACAGAAAGCAAGAGUUCGCUCACAAGGGUCCAUUAUCUAGUACAGUGACCACUACACCACCAUUCAAUCCGUAUAACAAAGUAGAGAAACUAAGUCUGGACGGCAAGAAACUACUAUGGAAGAGACAAAAUCAUAUCAUCAAGCUUGUCAAGAUGAAAAACAUUUAUAAAUAG